AUAUGCCGAAAAAAAGUUUUAGAGAAAAAUUAACUGACGCUUUAAUUGAUGAAGCUGCUGAGGAAAUUAUGGACAUUGAAGAAAUCGAAAGUGAUGAUGACGCAGUGGAUGCAGUGAUAGAUGAAUUGGCUGACAAUAUAUCUGUUGUUAUGGAAUGUCGGCGAGGAGUUUGUAGCACAAUACCUAAGUCAGACAUUUGGCGCAAUAAUAUUUUGACAACACUGGACGAAGACCGAUUCCGCCAAAUGUUAAGAGUAGAUAGAGACCAAUAUAAUAUGCUGGUUCAUUUAAUAAAAAACGAUGAUGCCCGUAUAUAUCGAAAUAGCUCACUCUUUCAACAAAAUGAGCAGUAUUUUUCUUCACUGCAAUGGAUUGCUGGGGACUCGGCAUACCCUUUAUCUGGAACGUUAAUAACCCCUUACAGAAGCAACGCAAGACAGUUGGAUAGAAAUGGCCGAAUUGCAUUUAAUUUACGGCACAUACAAGACAAACAUGAAAAAGAUAACGCUUUGAAUGAUAGAAGAUUGUAA